AUGAUUCACGAAACGAGCAUAUACCAAAUAUUUUACUGCAGGACUCGCAACAUCGACCUUGAUGCGAUCGACCCGCAGAUACUCAAGGAGUAUGCUGAACGAAGACUCAGAGAACGCACGCAGAACUCGACUACAUUGGACACAGGCGAGGACCAGAUUUCUGAAUUUUCUAUGAGUGAUUAUAUAAGAACAAUGUCAUUACCUGAUGUUCACCCCUUUGGAGGGAAACCUCAUGAGUGUUUCAAAAGGUUUCUAUCAUCAUUUGAAAUUAAGUACCCAAGGAACAAAUGGAAAGAUUCAAGUCGUUUACAAUUAUUUCAAAGCUUUUUGCGUAGAGACGCGCUCACUAUGUUCGAAACCUUGCCAAGAGAAGUUCGUGAAGGUUCAUUCGACGAUGCUAUUGAGGCAAUGAAAAAGCGCAUGCGAGUUGAUGGGAACAGUGAGAGAAGAAAGCUAGCGAUAAGAGAUGGGCAAACAGUUGCAGAAUUUUGUCUGGUGUUAGAACGCCUAUCAAACAAAGCCUACCCAGAUGUACCACCUGAUGUGACCGCGCUGCAAAAAGCAGAAAUUUUACGUAGGCAACUUGCAAAUUGGGCUGGUAGCUACUGCCUGACAGAAGCCUUGGAGACCAGCACAACAGCAGAAGUCUACGAAAAAGUAAAAGAAACCGCUCUUCGUUUAGAAAGAAGCAUCAAAACGGCAGAGGAGUGUAGAACCCCUGCUAGAAUCAAGCCUACAUAUCGGAGUCAAGUGAGGUGGGAACAGCGCAGUGAUGAACCCAGACCUCCUCUAUUGCCCACUAGAGCGGAAGCAGAUAAAAACAAAGCACAAGGAAACUCACGUAAAGAGAAAAGAAAUAGUCAACACAACAAGACUAUAUCGGGAAAAGAUUCGCAUCCAUGCUUCAACUGUGGUAAACCUGGCCAUUUCGCUCGGGAUUGCCGCUCUCCAGUGGAGCAGAAAAAAUCGUAUUCUUCAUCAGAAGAGGCUAAAAAAGCUGCAGGAGCCUACGCGUCCGUUGUUGAUAAGUGGAUCUGCACAACGGAAACGAAGACCGACAUAGAUAUAAACGAAUACUUCGGCAAAAGAUCAGUGGCCACCAUAACUAUCUUCGGAAUGAAAACAGAUGCACUACUGGACACGGGAUCACAGUCAACGAUAAUCCCUGUGAAACUGCUCAAAAAAGCAAUAGAGUCAGGGAUAAAUCUCGAUGUUUAUGUGGAAAGACUACCGUUUCUGGAAGUGAAAAUGAAAGACGCAUCAGGCAAUCAAAUGACGUUCUUGGACUUAAUCAGAGUCUCGAUAACACUCAAUGGAAUGGAAGAAUCAAUCCCAGCUUACGUGGGAAGGACCAUGGAUGACACAGUAAUUCUGGGAACCAACGCAUUAGAGCGUUUCAAGAUCAAACUAGUGCAAGAAGUGGGCGUGGAAAAGCCACAAAAGAUACGUAACCCUGAAACUCGCAGUAAAACUGAAAGGGAUGGAGUGAAAGCCGAAGUUAUACAGAGAACGUUCAUACCUCCAGGAGCGACAAAGUUUAUAGAUGUGUCUUGCGCUCACAUUGACCACUCAGCAACAUCAGUCCUGGUUUCGCACCAUCCUCUCAUAUCGGAUGGCAUAUGUAGCAUCAAUAACAAAGAAACAGCCAUACCAAUAACCAACAACACAACACAAGGCGUAGUGCUUCGGAAAGGAGAAGUUGUUGGAGAGUGGAAAAAUGAGGAGUGGAUCAAACCCAAACAUUUCGAGCCAGAUAGGGACAUGUUAGACAUGAAUAAGCCUAGCAAAAAGGAUUUGCAAAACAAUCGGCUUCCGAAGACUUACUGGAGAUACUCAGAGAAAAGUCAAAGCUCACGGAUGAAGCACGAUGUAUUCGCCGUUACAGAUUCGGAGUUAACGCAGACCGACCUAGUGGUCCAUGAUAUAGACACUGGGGAUCACAAGCCUAUAAAGCAGAAGACAAGACCAGUGCCAUUCGCUGCGCGCAAAGAAUUCAGAGGACUGCUAAAAGACCUUGUGAACCGUGGCAUAGUAGAGCAAAGCUGCUCCGAAUGGGCUUCUCCCGUUGUACUGGUUAAGAAAAAGGAUGGCUCCUUAAGAAUCUGUAUCGAUUACAGGGAGUUGAACAAGAUCACUCGACAAGAUUCUUAUCCGCUGCCGAAAAUUGACACAGUGCUGCAGUGUUUGAGCGGAAAGAAGGUAUUCUCCACAAUGGAUUUAGCCUCAGGCUAUUGGCAAAUCCGUCUCUCCGAGGAAGCGAAACUUAAAAGUGCCUUCACAACAAGGCCACGCUCGAUGGCGAUGGUAAGCAAUGAACCACUUGGGUUCUUUUUCCGGUGCCCUGGCAGAGUUCAUAGUCGAGACGGUACUCCUAGCAAUUUCAAUUGUUCGAUUCGAGAAAAGCGCUUCAAAGAUGUGAUUCCAGAAGCAGCAGAAACCAUUGGCGAAAUCCGCUUUGAUACGAUUUUUAGUUUAGCUCGUCUCAUUUCAAUUUACGAAAGUGAACGCAAUGACGAUAGUAGACGCUUUUUGAUGACUGAUUCUAAGUUUCCAUUCAUAACUGCCACAGGAUCUCAAAAAGCAUUCACAUUCUAUAAGCAUUGUUGUGAUCAUGUGUUCCGUAGCUUGGCAUUGCAUGAUGGAUCUCUCCUUAGCUUACCCCACGAUGGCGGUACGGGUUUUCCAAUAAAUCAACUCAACGAUCUCAACAACGAAGGAGUAAAAUUCGCCAAGAUGAAUUCGUGGAAGGAAAUCGUUGCGAAACGCAACGACAACAUACGACAUUAUUGCUGUUACCGGAUGGAUUCAGAAACCCGCAGCACAACGUCGAAAGAAAAGUAUACUACAAGUUCUAUGAAGUCAGCGGAUUCUUGGAAACAAGUGUCUGCGAAUACUUGUAUUGUAGUGGGUCCAACACUGGAUGUCACUCCGCCAAAGAAAGAGUGGUGUAGAUUCGCCUCAGCUUUAGCCGCAGCGGCUCGCAAUGGAACCAGAGUUAUCGUCCUGGCGCCACCACGUGGAGACGCGGCUUACGCUCAGAAUAGAAUCGAAAUGAACCAGGCCGUGGAUCUCGCAAAGAAGUCAGCCGCUUUGAUGUCACGUAACAUCACAAGCCUGAUUCCAGUAAUUGAAAGCGGCACUGAGCCAUCACACGGACCCGCAGCACACCCGAGGAGAGGCAGCCUUGAAGCAUAUUCGACAGAAACAAUGUCUCGAGUACCUGGAGGCCAUGAUAGAAUACAUAAAAUCAGAAGUGCAACUUCCCAAGUUAUUCGAAAAAACGAUGAGAUCAGCAAGAGCCGACAGGGUGCGCAAGAUAUUUCGAGGAAAAGAAAGAGAAACGCAAACACGAAGGAUAUCAUCAUCGUGCAUUCAGGAAUUUCAACCAGUACCGUCCCGGAACCGCACAACCAUAUACGAGGACAUCAGCGACGUUCACCUUCCCAACCAGAGGACACCGAUUUCGACGUGGAAGAGGAUCCCACUGACCCAGUCAAGCUCCGAAGCGUCGAGGACGCCGCUUCACCCGGCGGGGAAGAUAUCACGUUAUUACCCAUUUUCACAUGCCUUCUGAUUGAUCGCCUUCUGAUUGAACUGAACGCUGAUCGUGUUCGGUGCCAACAU